ACCUGUAGCAAAUUGACCUCGCCACAGAUAAGGAUAUCUCCUACUCUGACCUCAAGGCCCUUCUGGACAAGAGCAACAAGGGUCUUCUGGUGGUUGAUGUACGGACCAAAGAGGAGGUAGACCGAGGACACAUUCCAGGAUCCAUCCAUAUUCCAGGUGAGCUUCAGCGGGAGUCCUAGAGUUAAAUUAUAUUCUCAGGUCCAAUUGGAAUUUGCUGUCCGGAGUCCAAACCUUUGGAAACAUAAUCAACCCCAAUUCAGCCAAAAAUGUGCAAAGCAGGAUUGAUUUAUUGUUGUUGUCACUGAGCCAGCUAUUUUGGUAUAUUUAUUGCAUUGUAAAUUGAGCCGUAUUGUAAACUUCCUGUGUCUCCUCUCCCAGUUGAUACAGUGGAGAGUGCCCUAGCGCUGGACCCUACUGAGUUCCAGGCCAAAUUCGGGGUGCCCAAGCCCCCCUUGGACACCCCUGAGCUGGUGUUUCACUGUCAGAUGGGCCGGCGAGGAGGCGUGGCCACAGACAAGGCACGAGGCCUGGGAUUCCAAAAGUAUGAGUGUACAUUUUGAAAAAUACUGCUCUGUAUACUGUGUUUGAUGCCUUGGGAACUUUUUGUAAAUGAUGACAUCUUCCUUCUCUCAUUUCAGGGACGUCAACUAUGCCGGAGGAUACAAGGAGUGGUCUGAGAAAGAGGGGAAAUGGGGCGCACGAUUAGCCUGCAUUGUGAAAGCAGGGCAUAAAAACGCACAAAUGAUGCUCACAUUCUGCUGAAACAUUUCGCUACUUUUAUUUGUUAUUGCACAUGUGUUAUGUAUGUUUUAAAAUAAAGAUAGAGAAUAAGAUUGUACAA